AUGCUUGUUCCUGGAGACCGUGUGGCCGUGGAUGGGUUUUUGGCGACGGUGCGCUUUGUCGGCGAAAUUCCAAACUGGCCCAACGAGACCGCCAUUGGCGUCGAGUGGGACGUUCCCGAGCGCGGCAAGAACGACGGCUCGCUCAACGGCACGCGCUAUUUCUCCACGCGGCACGGAGCAAAGUCGGGCAGUUUUGUGAAGCUGUCGAAGCUGCAGCCGACGCGGUCGUUCAUGGACGCGAUGGCGUACCAGUACGCGAGCGACGAGUCGCUUGCCAGCGAGUCUGUCUCGCUGGUCGACCAUUUCGAUCUCACGAUCGGCACAAAAAAGGUCGAGAGCUACGGGUUCGAGAAGCUGAGCCGGCUGCAGGCAGACUUCCGGAACCUCGAGACGGCUACCCUCGAGCGACUCAACGUGGCGGUUUCGUCCCCGAUCGACUCUUCGCUGCACAACUUGCAGGUGCUCAAUCUCGGCUUUAAUUUACUGGACUGGCACAAUCUGAUGCAAAUAGUGCUCCAGCUCCCGAACCUGCACACUCUGAAGGCAAACGGAAACCGCUGGACGCGAUACGAGAGGUGCGAGCCGUGCUUGUCCGUUCGUACACUGCAUCUUUCCGCCUGCGACCUUGGGAGCUGCGAGUACACCUCCCAGCUGCUUUCCUGCUUUCCCAGACUGCAACAUCUUCACGUCGCCUCAAAUGGCCUAAACCGCAUACAGGUGUGUGGUCUAGAGUCUCUCGAUCUGUCGGAUAAUAGCUUUUCGUUGCUAUCGGACGCACCGCCAGCCAAACGACUCAACCUCUCGUACAACGACCUGCACAUCCCCCCUCUCACCGAUGUCUCCCUCCAGAUGGUUGAGGAACUAGAUCUCUGCAACGCAGCCGUUUCUGAGUGGUCAGAAAUUGACAACCUGGCACAGCUGCCCAAUCUCACCUCUCUCAGAAUAUUGAACACUCCCUUGCUCAACUCUAUCGACUACGACUCGGCCAUAAGCCAGCUGUUUGCAAGAAUUCCGUCCCUCGUAAAACUCGACGGAACAGUGUACACCACCGAACACCGCGACAACUUCGAGCUCUACUUCAUCAGCAAGGUCAGGUCCAAGGAGUGGAGCUGUCCGUCGCCGCGGUGGGCGGCUCUAUGUGCCAAGCAUGGCCUUUCCCCAGAAAAGAGCGCACCCGCUGAACGGUUCCCAACCUCCACGCGCGUCGACGUGGUGUACAAUGAUCUGCGCUUCUCUGCUACGCUGUUCUCCUCCGCAACGGUAGGAAAGCUGCGCGGAAAGAUCUCGCGCAAGUUCGGGCUCAGUGUGCUCGACUUCCAGCUGUACACCCAGCUCGGACAGGACACAGAGCAUCUCGCCAACGACCAGCAGCCGGUGGCCGCGCUGGCGCUCGCCAACCCGGUGCAGGUGAAACUGCAACCGUGGGAACGCGGCUUACGUCAGCAGCCAUACCCGCGAAAAAGUGGAGUAGCAGAUUAA